AUGGUUGAUUUGUCCCUGGAAUCAUGCGCUGCUACUCAGUCAGUGGCAUUCAUUGACCCAAAGAAUAAGCCAAUUGAAAAUGAAAUUAGAAAUUGUGUCACAACUGCUUUGGAAACCUACAUGACCCAGCAAAAUAUACGAAAAAGGGCUGAGAUAAAGAUCAGGCAGUACAGGUGUCGAGGACAACCGGACGAUCAACAGUGUGGAUAUUACUGCAUGAAGAUUAUCAAAAGCUUCAUGACUCAGUACAAUCCUGCAACUUUUUUGAAGGAUAAGUUCAAAGAUGACAAGCCUUACAACAACCAGGAGAUAAACGAAAUACGAGAUGAAUGGGCCGAUUUUGUAAACUCCAAAUUUUCCCUCUACAUUUUCAUUUGCCUUACAGUUACAUUUUCAUUUUCCUGGUUCCCAUCCUUGAUUUUGUUCCUCAGAAGCGACCAACUGCGGCUCAAUUAUGCAGGCCCUCGUCUCUUGGAACCAUCUAUUACUAUUACCUCUGAUGGAAAUCAAGCUGAAGGUAGUGCCAUCGUUGAUGAUAAGAAAAGGGAAAAUGAUGACAGAGAGGCAAUGGAGGUUGGAAUGGGCAAGAUUGCCAUUAGUUCGGAUUCUAAACCAGUGAAGGACGCCUCGUCUAGUGUUAAACCCUCCAUGCCAGCGGCGGCUACGAGUAGUUGUGGAGAACCAACUCAAAGAUGGUACCAUGUGCCCCGUUCUUGGUUCAAGUCAUCUGGAAACAUUCUGGUGAUCUUUGAGGAGAAAGGAGGAGAUCCAUCAAAGAUUACUUUGUCAAGGCGGAAAGUAACUGGCCUCUGUUCUCUUGUUGCAGAGGAUCAUCCUUCUCUUAGACCUGAAGCUUGGGAGAACGAAGACAGUGGAAGUAACAGAAAUGUUCCAACUGUCCACUUGCAAUGUCCUGAGAAUACCCUUGUAUCUGCUGUAAAAUUUGCUAGCUUUGGAACUCCUUCAGGAAACUGUGGAUCUUAUACCAAGGGAGAUUGCCAUGAUCCUAAUUCCAUUUUAGUGGUUGAAAAGGUAAGGACUGCAUCAAUUCCUUUUCUAUAUAUUUUAAGCAGUGUGAAUAGUGGAAUUCUAGAAUCCCUUUCACUGAAAGUACAAUAUGUUAAUGACACUAAUCUUGCUGAGCUGUCAAGUGGUUAA